AUGCCACCAGUUUCACAACCACAUUGUCAUCCAAGUAACACACAGUCCAGUGAAGACCGACGCAGGUAUCCCAGCUUGGUGCCGCAGCAGAAUAUCCCCAAAAAUCUAAUUACAUCUCACCAUAUUCAGCAGGACCACAGCACUCAGAAUCAGUUUCAAGUGUCCAGAACCAUAUCUCCAGCUAGUUCCCAGGUGCAUUCAAGAGUGGGCCCUGAAAGUGAAAAUAAACCUUUUACAGCCACAGAUUCAGCAUUUGCUGCUUCUCCUUGUCCAGAGAGUUCUCCUUCACCUGAUGAUAGCCAGAAGCUGAAUGCCUGCAAGCAUGAACCAAUUCAGAACAUCAUUGGUAAACACCCACCUAGCGACAUCCUUUAUCUGAUCUGUCGACUGUGUAGACAGACUUAUGGAAGCCCCUACUGCUUUAGAAAACAUUUUAGAAAUCAGCAUGGAUUUGAGCCUAAAGCUGACCACACUAUUGUGCAAACAAUUUCAGCAACCAAAACUGCCAUGGCGCAUACAGGAUCAUCAGAUGUGACAGUGUCAUUUGUAGGAUCUUUAGAUGCUGGUAGUGAGAAUCCAGCAGGAUCAUUAGAUCUAGCUAUGACACCUACUGCGUCAUCAAAUGUCAUUUUGGGUAACAUGGAGUCUUUUGACUCCACUGGAAAACCACUUAGGUCUGUUCAGAUGGAGAAGGCUUCAAAUAAUGAUCACAGCCCACAUACCCAGUCUGUGAAAUCCCUUGCGGCAGGAACUACACCAGCUGUAUCUAGGGAGCGAUUGGAGAGCCCUCUUCUCUGUGAAGAAACUAAAUUGAGUAUUAAAAAGGACAGUCUUGGCAUUACCAAAUACUUGGAGUGCCCAGAAUGUGGACAAAGCUUCCAGCUGAAUGACUUUGGCUCUUACAAGAGGCACUGUCGACAGCAUAGUCUCAGUCGUAGUUCUGGCCCAUAUGCCUGCCAUGAGUGUGAGAGAUCCUUUUCAGAACCUGCACACCUGCAAGAGCACCAGGCUACCCAUAGCGGCUUCACUCCUAGUGUAUGUGCCAUCUGUCACACUCUGUUCUCUUCGGCUAAUUAUUUGGCUGAACAUCUACAGACUGCUCAUGGGGUAACCUGUGUCAGCGAAGGUAAGCAGAGUCUUACACCUAAUGACAGCGCUUCAGAGCCUUUGAGGAAGUCAGAACCACUAGCCUUGACUGACAUGAGUAAACUCAAACGAUCGUCGUCAUUCCCUGACUGGUCUGUAAUGGAAUCACCAUCUUCACUGCGUCAGACAGUUGGUGCUUCUGCAUCGAGCCAUAGUGCAACUCCGUCGCCAUCAAGACACAGCACAACUCCACUGGCAGAACCACAGAUGAUGAUUAAAUGUACAUCCAUAACCCAGUCUGCAUCAGUAAAUCAACCCCUUAUCAUGCCUAAGCUUCCUCGAUACAGCAAGACAGCAGAAAAUGCUUACAUGCUGACAGUUCACACUCCCAAAGGCUUAGAGAUACAGAAGUUACCAGCAGAUGCUGUUGUUACAACAGCCAGUCCUGAUAGCAGCUAUGAUGAAGCUAAACUCUUCCUUGAUGCCUCACAAGGUGGAGGCACAUUCCAGAGAGAUAAUCAAGAUUUUGUCAGAGCAAGUAACAAUCUAGGGGAAGGUAGUCCGGGGCAGGACAAUAAGAAUAGCAUUAUCAAACAAAGCAGACCGAAUGACAACACAGGUAACGUCAGGUAUGAUAACAAAGAGGAAAUGGAAUCUAAUUCAUCAGGGAGAGAGUCAUUAAAUGGCUCUCGGGCACCAUCGCCUGCAGGGAUUGAAGAAGAGCCAUUUUACAAGCACAAAAAAUACAGCCUUCACAGAAAGAGAACCAACAUAUCUGAAGCUAGCAGUGAGCCCUCAGCAAAGUCUCUGAAAAUAGAAGGAAAUAUUGUCUCUGUUUCAUCAACUGGGAACUCGGGUGUGACAGUUCAAGACUGUGAAUCCUCAAGUACCCGCCUGGAGGAUUCCAGCCUGAGCUGGAGAAUGUACACAGAAGAGCAGGUGGAGACUGACAAAAUCACGAAACAUGAACAGGGAGAUAAUUAUGGACAGUCUAAGGGAAAUAAAUCAAAUAUUAAUGCUGGAAGUGAUAAGCCAAGAGAGUGUUCCAAGAGAUAUGGACCCAGUGAAGGUGGAGAGCAGUUCAAGUGGGACAGACAGACCCGGAGUCAGGCAGGAAAGAUAAUCAGUCAGUGA